GGUGCCCCGGGCUCUGGCCAUGGCCGGGCAGGGCGCAGGGCCGAGCGUCCCGGGGGCGCCCAGGGGCGUCGGGCUCAGUCUGGGGCUGCUGCUGCAGUUGCUGCUGCUCCUGGGGCCGGCUCGGGGCUUCGGGGACGAGGAGGAGCGGCGCUGCGACCCUAUCCGCAUCUCCAUGUGCCAGAACCUCGGCUACAACGUGACCAAGAUGCCCAACCUGGUGGGGCACGAGCUGCAGACGGACGCCGAGCUGCAGCUGACAACUUUCACGCCGCUCAUCCAGUACGGCUGCUCCAGCCAGCUGCAGUUCUUCCUUUGUUCGGUGUAUGUGCCAAUGUGCACAGAGAAGAUCAACAUCCCCAUCGGCCCAUGCGGCGGCAUGUGUCUUUCAGUCAAGAGACGCUGUGAACCCGUCCUGAAGGAAUUUGGAUUUGCCUGGCCAGAGAGCCUGAACUGCAGUAAAUUUCCACCACAGAACGAUCACAACCACAUGUGCAUGGAAGGGCCAGGUGAUGAAGAGGUGCCUUUACCUCACAAAACCUCCAUCCAGCCUGGGGAAGAGUGUCACUCCGUGGGAACUAAUUCUGAUCAGUACAUCUGGGUGAAAAGGAGCCUAAACUGUGUUCUCAAGUGUGGCUAUGAUGCUGGCUUGUACAGCCGCUCAGCCAAGGAGUUCACUGACAUCUGGAUGGCCGUGUGGGCCAGCUUAUGCUUCAUCUCCACUGCCUUUACAGUGCUGACCUUCCUGAUCGAUUCUUCCAGGUUUUCCUACCCUGAGCGCCCCAUCAUAUUUCUCAGUAUGUGCUAUAAUAUUUAUAGCAUUGCUUAUAUUGUCAGGCUGACUGUAGGCCGGGAAAGGAUAUCCUGCGAUUUUGAAGAGGCAGCAGAACCCGUUCUCAUCCAAGAAGGACUUAAGAACACAGGAUGUGCAAUCAUUUUCUUGCUGAUGUACUUUUUUGGAAUGGCCAGCUCCAUUUGGUGGGUUAUUUUGACACUAACUUGGUUUUUGGCAGCAGGACUCAAAUGGGGUCAUGAAGCCAUAGAAAUGCACAGCUCUUAUUUCCACAUUGCAGCCUGGGCCAUCCCUGCAGUGAAAACCAUUGUGAUUUUGAUUAUGAGACUGGUGGAUGCAGAUGAACUGACUGGCCUGUGCUAUGUUGGGAACCAAAAUCUUGAUGCCCUCACUGGCUUCGUGGUGGCUCCCCUCUUCACUUAUUUGGUGAUUGGAACUUUGUUCAUUGCUGCAGGUUUGGUGGCCUUGUUCAAAAUUAGGUCAAAUCUUCAAAAGGAUGGGACAAAGACAGACAAAUUGGAAAGGCUGAUGGUCAAGAUUGGGGUCUUCUCAGUGCUAUACACGGUUCCUGCAACCUGUGUGAUUGCUUGUUAUUUCUAUGAAAUCUCCAACUGGGCACUCUUCCGGUAUUCUGCAGAUGACUCCAAUAUGGCAGUUGAAAUGUUGAAAAUUUUUAUGUCUUUGCUGGUGGGCAUCACUUCAGGCAUGUGGAUUUGGUCUGCCAAAACUCUUCACACAUGGCAGAAGUGUUCCAACAGAUUGGUAAACUCUGGGAAGGUAAAGAGAGAGAAGAGAGGGAAUGGUUGGGUGAAACCUGGGAAAGGCAAUGAGACUGUGGUAUAAGACUAGCCAGCCUCCACAUUUUCUUCAUUUUGAAGGGGGGGUGAUGCCAGCAUUUCAGUGGAAAUGAUACUAAAAGUUUUAUGCAGUGGAUCUCAGUUUGAACAAACUAGCACCCCUACCAACCCACCCCCACACCAGCAUCAGAAAACCAAUGAUUUUGCUGCAGACUUUGGAAUGAUCCAAAUGGAAAAGCCAGUUAGAGGCUUUCAAAGCUGUGAAGAAUCAAAACGUUGAUCACUUUAGCAGGUCGCAGCUUGGAGUGUAGAGGUCCUGCCUAGAUUCCAGCAAGUCUAGGGCUAUGCUGUUUUCCCCUGCAGAGUGGGAUUUGAGCUAUGAGUUGGUAACUUGCAGGGAGAAAGAUUAACUUCUUUAACCCUUAAAAAUUUUAAAUACUAACUGGGUUUUUCAGAUAGCAAAGCGAUCAUCUAUAAACACUGGAAACGCUGGGUUCAGAGAAGUGUUAUAAGAGUUUUUAUAGUUUGGCUGAUCUAACAUAAACAUCUUCCGUGGUGUGCUGUCUGCUGUUUAGAACUUCAUGGACUGCACUCCCAAGAGGUGGUGUCAGAAUCAUUUAGUGCCUUUGUCAUAAAACAGAAUUGUUUGAACAAACAAAAGUACUGUACUAACACAUAUAAGGUAUCCAGUGGGCUUUUCUCUCUUCUUAAAUUUCAACACCUCUAUUCUAGGCUGCUGCUGUUUUCUUCAUUUAACACUAAUGAUUCAAAAAAGGUAUUUUCAUAGGAAUUUUUGCACUGCAGCAUGCCUAAUGAGGGAAAAAGGAAGGGUGACUCACUUUCUGACAAUCACUUGAUUCAGAGGAAAAUGAGAUUUACUAAGUUAACUUACCUUACCAACCCCAGAGACCUAUUGCAUUGAGCAAUGGGGACUUAAUAUAUUUUACUUUGUGAUUGUAUCUAUGCAGACGCCAGUCUGGAAGAACUGAAAUGUUAAGUUUCUUGGCAACUUUGCAUUCACACAGAUUAACUGUGUAAUAUGCGUGUGUCAAUUACAAUUAAAAGCACAUUCUUGGACCAUGACAUAUUAUACUCAACUGACUUUAAAUCUAUGGUCAACUUGCAUUCUUAGAAUGAUAGUGCCUUUUUUUUCUUUAGCAUACGAAUGUUAUCAGAGUCUGGUCUACUUACCACAAUGGAGACUUUUCAGUUUUGUAAAGGGAACUAAGGACAGCUAAUCCAACAACUUGGUGCAUAAUUGUUUCCUAGUAAUUGGCAAAGGCUCCUUGUAAGAUUUCAUUGGAGGCAGUGUGGCCUGGAGUAUUUAUAUGGUGCUUAAUGAAUCUCCAGAAUGCCAGCCAGGAGCUUGAUCGGUUAGCGGGGAAUAAAGUGUAGACCAUAUGAAAUGAACUGCAAACUCAAACAGCACAGGUCUUAAUUGCUUUUUGCAGAGGUAUCCAAAACUUUUAAAAUUUACGCCUUACGUUCCUCACAAGGAGGUACCCCCUAGCAGCCUCUCAAAAGUUGCAGUUCUUUUAGAAAUCAUACUGGCCUUUCUCUUAAUCUGCCUUAGGCCUUCUAAUCACCAGA